UUGUGUUCGAUUUCAUUUGUUGUUACCAUAUAUUUCGAAUUAGCCGUCACAUGGAUAUUGAGCCAAUGGGAGACAGCCAACACAGCAAGGAGGAAGCAUGGUCCGACGCGGAAAGCACCAAAACGCCGUCGUAUUACGGAAGCGGUCCGUUGAGUGGACCGCUCUCCAGAAAACCGGUGACCGGCAAGAAAACCGCCCGGUUCAACGUAACCGGCAGUACAACCAGCAAUGCCUCCGGUUCGGCUGACGAGUACGUCGAGAUCACACUCGACAUCCGAGACGACGCUGUUUUGAUGCAUAAUAUGGACGGAACAGUGCAGGAAAAGAGGCUGUCAUCUAUCGGGUCGGUAUUGUCUGGUCGGAUCUCGGGCCGGUUAAGGACAAUGGUUAAGUCCUCGUCAUUUUCUUCACGCCGGUUCGACCGGCUGGACCGAUCUAAGUCGGGUGCUGCAUUUGCUAUGAAGGGGUUGAAGUUUAUAACCAAAAACGACGCCGUAGGAAACGGCUGUGGAGGUUGGGAAGAGGUCGAUAAAAGAUUUGGUGAAUUGGCUGUUGAAGGAAAGCUUCCAAAAUCAAAAUUCGGCCAAUGCAUUGGGAUAAUGGAAUCUGAAGAAUUUGUGAAUGCAUUAUUCGACGCGUUGGCCCGGAGAAGAGGAAUAACUUCAUCUUUUAUAACAAAAAGUGAAUUAUUUGAAUUUUGGGAGGAGAUUACGGACAAAAGCUUUGAUGCUAGAUUGCAAAUAUUUUUUGAUAUGGUUGACAAAAAUUUGGAUGGACGAAUCACCGAAGAGGAGGUUAAGGAGAUCAUUGCUCUAAGUGCUUCAGCUAAUAAACUAUCUAAGAUUCAAGAAAGAGUAGAAGAAUACACUGCUUUGAUAAUGGAAGAACUCGAUCGCGACAACCUUGGAUACAUCGAGUUACACAACUUGGAAACACUGCUCAUACAAGCUCCUAGCCAAUCGGCACACGUGUCAUCGGCAACGAACAGCCGAGUUUUGCUUAGUCAGAUGCUGAGUCAGAAACUCGUUCCGACGAAGGAAAAGAACCCGAUCACAAAAUACGCAAAGAGUUUUGCCUAUUUCGUGUCGGAAAAUCGGAAAAGGAUAUGGGUGUUAGCGUUAUGGAUAUCGAUAUGCGUCGGUCUAUUCACGUGGAAAUUCGUUCAGUACAAAGACAGGGCCGUGUUCGAUGUGAUGGGAUACUGCGUGACGGUGGCUAAAGGCGGCGCAGAGACCACGAAGCUCAACAUGGCUCUCAUUCUGUUCCCUGUCUGCAGAAACACUAUCACUUGGCUUAGGACCAAGACCAAGCUUGGUUCCAUUGUCCCCUUUGAUGAUAACAUCAACUUCCACAAGGUGAUUGCGUUUGGAAUCGCGAUUGGGGUUGGCUUACACGCCAUAUCGCACUUGACCUGCGAUUUCCCGCGUUUGUUGCACGCAACGGACGCCGAGUAUGAACCCAUGAAGAAAUUCUUCGGGGAGAAGAGGCCGAACAACUACUGGUGGUUCGUGAAGGGGACGGAGGGAUGGACCGGCGUGGCCAUGGUGGUUCUAAUGACCGUUGCCUACGUUUUGGCCCAACCGUGGUUCAGACGCAAUCGCGUUAACCUACCGCAGACGCUGAAGCGUUUGACUGGGUUCAACGCGUUUUGGUACUCUCACCACUUGUUCGUCAUUGUCUACGCGCUUUUCAUCGUGCAUGGCUAUUUUCUCUAUCUUUCCAAAGAAUGGUACAAGAAAACGACGUGGAUGUAUCUGGCUAUUCCCAUGCUGUUAUAUGCAUGCGAACGACUGAUUCGUGCGUUUAGGUCUGGUUACAAGACCGUGAAGAUUUUAAAGGUUGCGGUAUACCCAGGAAACGUGCUGUCUCUUCAUAUGUCAAAACCUAAAGGGUUCAAAUACACAAGCGGCCAGUACAUAUUUGUGAAUUGUUCAGACGUGUCACCAUUUCAAUGGCAUCCGUUUUCGAUUACUUCGGCCCCGGGAGACGAUUACAUCAGUAUUCAUAUCCGUACACUCGGCGACUGGACAUCGCAACUCAGGGACGUAUUUUUCAAGGUUUGUCGGUCUCCAUCAGCCGAUGAAAGUGAAUUUGUGGGAACUGAUAUUACUCAAGCCAGGAACAUACCUAGGUUACCAAAACUAUUGAUCGACGGUCCAUACGGUGCACCCGCACAAGAUUACCGUAACUACGACGUAUUGCUCCUAGUAGGUCUGGGAAUCGGGGCCACCCCGUUAAUUAGCAUCAUCAAAGAUGUCAUCAACAACAUCAAGACCCAGAAAUCGAUCGAAGAUGGAAGCGGCAACGAUCAUAAAAACGCCAAGAAACAUUUCGCCACGAAACGAGUCUACUUCUACUGGGUAACACGAGAGCAAGGAUCUUUCGAAUGGUUCAGAGAAGUCAUGAACGAGGUGGCUGAAUACGAUACAGAUCGUAUAAUCGAGCUCCAUAACUAUUGUACGAGUGUAUAUGAAGAAGGAGACGCGAGAUCGGCUCUCAUCACUAUGUUACAGUCGCUUCACCAUGCCAAGAACGGUGUGGACAUCGUCUCGGGUACUCGGGUUCGGACCCAUUUCGCCCGACCGAAUUGGCGAAGUGUGUUCAAACAUGUCGCCGUCAAUCAUGUCGACCAACGAAUCGGUGUUUUUUACUGCGGUAGACCAAGCCUAACAGGGGAGUUGAGGAGGCUGUCUCAAGAUUUUUCGAGGAAGACCACUACCAAAUUUGAAUUCCACAAGGAGAAUUUCUAAGUUCCAAUUUAUUAUUAUUAUUUUUUAUAUAUUCCACC